AAUGAGCCCAAUAAUAAAGGUUUAGAAUCUGUGUUUAUUACUCCAAAGAGCUUAGAAAUAUGGAAACAAAUAUCUGAUGAAUCAAAUGAACAACUUUUUCAAUGGAAAAGGUCGAUAAUAAGAAAAGAAUUUUAUUCAACCCUAGGAAUUGCAAUUGAAGCUUUGGAGGAUACGAAAUCCCCAGUAAACUUACCUUCAAAACCCGUGCGUCCUACAUCAACUCCAAACAAAACGGUGACUUUAUCGGCUCCUGUUAGUCGUUCAUCGACACCUGAUUCAAUACAUAAUAACCUUUCAAGUUCUUCUUAUGGUAAUCUUCCAAAACAAAAAAUGUCGACUACGCAAAUCGAUGCAACUAAACAACUUGAUUUAAAUCUGGCUAGAUCAUUAUGCUCAAUAUCAGAAG